GGUUACAUUCUGAGGCGCAUGCGUGCUGCGCCAGCCGGAGGAUACCUGGAAGAUUUCAGCUGGUCUCGGGGAAAGUUUUGCUAUGGCUGCUGCAAACGCGCUCUUAGGCGUAGCUCUGCGAGAAGCCACCCAGCGAAAAUUGCAGAGGUUUUCAGAACUGAGAGGCAAACCUGUGGCAGCUGGAGAAUUCUGGGACAUUGUUGCAAUAACAGCAGCUGAUGAAAAACAGGAACUUGCUUAUAAGCAACAGCUCUCAGAAAAGCUGAAAAAAAAGGAGUUACCCCUUGGAGUCCAAUAUCAUGUUUUUGUUGACCCUGCUGGAGCCAAAAUAGGAAAUGGAGGAUCCACACUUUGUGCCCUUCGAUGUUUGGAAAAGUUAUAUGGAGAUAAAUGGAAUUCUUUUACCAUCCUAUUAAUUCAUUCUGGUGGUUACAGCCAACGCCUUCCAAAUGCAAGUGCUCUGGGCAAAAUUUUCACUGCGUUACCUUUCGGUAACCCCAUUUAUCAGAUGUUGGAAUUAAAACUAGCCAUGUACAUUGAUUUCCCCUCACAUAUGAAACCUGGGAUUCUGGUUACUUGUGCAGAUGAUAUUGAACUUUAUAGUGUUGGAGAAUGUGAGUUUAUUAGAUUUGACAAACCUGGCUUUACGGCUUUAGCUCAUCCUUCUAGUUUGACUGUUGGUACCACACAUGGAGUAUUUGUCUUAGAACCUUUUAAUUAUUUAGCAUAUAAAGACCUUGAAUACAGGUGUUGCCAUCGUUUCCUUCAUAAGCCCAGCAUAGAACAGAUGCAUCACUUUAAUGCUGUGUGUAGAGCUGGAAAUUUUUCUCACCAGGACAUGGCUGGGGGUGACACUACCCCUCUUAAAUUAGAGUCUGAGUAUGUCUACACGGACAGCCUAUUUUACAUGGAUCGUAAAACAGCAAAAAAAUUACUUGCUUUUUAUGAAAAAAUAGGCACAUUGAACUGUGAAAUUGAUGCCUAUGGAGACUUUCUGCAGGCUUUGGGACCUGGAGCAACUGUGGAGUACACCAGAAACACAUCAAAUGUCACUAAAGAAGAGGCAGAGUUGACAGACAUCAGGCAGAGAAUAUUUCAUCUUCUGAAAGGAACCUCAUUAAAUGUUGUGGUUCUUAAUAAAUCCAAAUUCUAUCACAUUGGAACAACUGAAGAAUACUUGUUUCAUUUUACUUCAGAAAGCAGUUUGAAGUCAGAACUUGGCUUGCAGUCCAUAGCUUUUAGCAUCUUUUCUACAACACCAAAAUGCUCUGGUAACACAUCCUGUAUCAUUCAAAGUAUACUGGAUUCAGGAUGUUCUGUGGCAACUGGCUCAGUUGUGGAGUAUUCUAGAUUGGGGCCUAAUGUUUCAGUUGGGGAAAACUGCAUUGUUAGUGGUUGUUCUGUCAUAACAGAAGCUGUCCUGCCUGCAGAUUCUUUUGUGUGUUCCUUAAGCUUGAAGAUGAAUGGAUACUUGAAGUAUUCAACUAUGGCUUUUGGAGUGCAAGACAACUUAAAAAGGAAUGUUAAAACAUUGUCAGAUAUAAAGUUACUUCAAUUCUUUGGAGUCUGUUUCCUGUCAUGCCUAAAUAUUUGGAAUCUGAAAGUUACAGAGGAACUGUUCUCUGGAAACAAGACAUGUUUAAGUUUGUGGAAUGCUCGUAUUUUCCCAGCUUGUUCCUCUUUGAGUGAUUCAGUUACAACAUCCCUAAAAAUGUUAAAUGCUGUACGGAACAAAUCACCAUUCAGCUUGAAUAAGUAUAAACUGUUGUCCAUUGAAGAAAUGCUUAUCUACAAAGACGUAGAAGACAUGAUAACUUAUAGGGAGCAAAUUUUUCUAGAAAUUACUUUAAAUAGAAAACAGUUCGAUUUAGAGGCAUCUUAAAUAUUAUAUAUACCUUACCUUUCUUGAUAGAGCAAGAUUGCAAAUAGAAGAGUUUUCUGUAGGCUUUUGUUUGUUUUACUGAAGUGAAUUAAUGAAAAUUACAUUAACGUAAUCGCUAUAGCAUAAUAUUAAUAACAAAAUCAAACAUUUUUGAUGAAAGAAUAUUUCAAGGCUGUAAGUUCAGAAAAGGGUUUUUUUGAUAUUACUAUUUUAAUUUUCUUUUAAUAAAAACGGGUUUGUGGAGCAUUGUUGUGUUCAUAUAGCACACAAGAAGUUUUAAAUGAUUUUCUAAACAUACCUUUCUCCAUCUUCUUUUUGGGCUUUGGUUUCAGUACAGGUCUACGUGUUAAUUGGCAUAGUAUUAGUAUAGUAGUAUACUAUGGUAUAUACUAGUAGUACAGUAGUAGAACAUAGUAGUCCUGAUGAACUGAUAAAAAUGGUAUACAUACAGUCUUCAAAGAACACUGUAGGAAUUGAAAUACUUUUUUGGAAACAAAUGCAUAGCUUACAAAUUCAGAUGAAAACAAUGCUUCCAAUAUUGUGAUUAUUUAAUUAAUAAGUAAUUAGAUAGAGAUAGCUCUGGAAUUGAUGAUAAAAAUCUAUCUCAUUUAUUGCUCUUGCCAAAGUGAAACUAAAAGUGUUUAUGUGGUAUUUUACCUUAUAAACUUGGACAUAUGUUUCUAUAUCUUAAAAUUUUCCUAAAUUUCCAUCCAUACAAAAGCAUACACAUACACAAAACUCAAAUAUCUGUAUGUGGAAAACGGUAGGAAUAACUGGGAUUCAUUGAUAAUCAUAAAAGUUUAUUUGGGGCAUUAUUUGCAAUCUCUUUUUAACCCCUUUAAUAGAACUAUUAAGUUACCAGAUGGGCUGAUUUUGCUUUCUUUUUCUUACUUUUUGCCCUUGUACUGGUGAUGAUACUGAGAAGCAAUAAUUGACCGAAAGGUAAGCAGCAGGAAGGAGGCAGAAAAAUUAAAAAAUGAGAAAACUUACUGAUGAUACACAGCUUCAAGAAAAUAAAAAUAGACUGGAAUCUCAACUUAUGUGCUGCUAUUUUGCUAUAAGCAUGCACGUGAAAUGUCUUUAUGUCAAAGUCUGAUAAAAAUUAGAGAAAUGAUUUGUCAAUUUUGUGUUUUAACAUGAAUAAACUGAAAUCUGAACUAGUCUGUGCUUCUUUUGUUUAUAUAUUAAUAUGUCAAUAUGAAAAUAACUGGUAAACCACAAGUGGCUUGCCUGCCACCCUUAUUAGGCUAUUUAUGUGUUUCAUUUUGGUUUGGGGUUUUGUUUUAUUUUCUUUUAAGGUUCUUCCCAAGGAGGAAAUACAGAUACAUGAUAGCUACUCUUUAGCAUUUACUGAUUUACUUGCAGAGUUUUCAGAGGAUGUUGUAUGUCUGUUAUUGAUUAAAUGUUUAAUACUGUAUUUCACCUAAUGUAAAGUGCCAUCAGUUAUUAAAAAUUACUGUUAUUUUAUGUUCCACUAAAGAGAAAACACUACCAGGAAAAAUGUGAAUCAAUGCUUCCUUUUUUCCUUGGAGUUUUUAUAUUUAUUUAUUGAAAAUCCUUUUUAAAUGCACUUAAAUACAGAUUUUUAUUAUUUAAUCCUCUCACACAUAUAAAAGGAACAAAAAGUGACAUAUUGACAUAUAGUUAAGACUUUUCUAAAACUUUACAUUCAGUUUCAAACUCUUCGGAAACACUUUUCAACCCAAAAGUUAUUAAUAUCCAUGUGCUUCUACCCAGUACCAUGUUCUGUGCUAUCAAAGGUAUUGGUAAAGCCGUAAGCACAAUGCUAUCUGGAUUGCCUCAAAACCGUCAACACCAGAUACCUGUCCUGUAAGUUUUGAUGCUGAUUCUUUACUAUUUGGCAAAAUUUCAAAGUUGUAUUUGUGCUGUAGUGUAAUCAUUUGUCUCUCUAGAAGGUAGGUGGCUUCUAUUCAAAGUCAGUGGGAGGUUUCUGACAAAUUGGUGGUCACUAUUUUAAUCAUAAUUCUGCAUAGUGUAUGGAUUCUAGUUGCUUUGAAAUGUUAUCUGUUGGAAAGAAUUUGAUAUUGUCUCUUGCCUUGAGAUGCAUUGUUUGGGGUAUAGUAUCACACAUGUUUCCUGAACAGGUACCCUGACUCAACCAAAGUGAUAGUCCCAUGCAUAUAUAAGUAAAAAAUUGAACAUUUCCUCUUGAUAUCAUUUUUAUUUCAUAAGUAACAGGAUUUAAAUUUCAUAUAUUUCCAAGAUUUGUGAAGGAUGGUUGUUAUUUGUAACUAAAUAGAAUCCAUAAACUUGUUGAUUACUUAAUAUGAACAAUGACCAAGGAAGGCAUGGGGAAAAGAAAUCCAACAUUUGGUAUUAAUCUUCUACCUCAGCCAUUUAUUCUAGAAACUAAGCAAAACAAUACUAAAGUGUGCAUCAGUAUGUGCUGAGUUGAAGUAAAG